CCUUUACAAACAUAAGGUCAUGACAUCUCCGCUCUAUAAUCCGCAAAUAUAAUUCUACUUAAAUGGACUACUGAGUUGCCCAAUAAAGCUCCCAGAGGCCAGGCAAUAGCUAUACUUAUUCGUGAUAUGUUGCGAUAUUAUUGUUGUUGGGGGAUUGCUUUCACUUUCGUCAUCGGAAGCCCGGAGUCAGGCGCCAGUUACCUUCGGGGCAGCUGACGAGACGGGUGGCUCCAGGAUUAGCAGACAACAUGAAGACAAUCGUGAUCAUCCUACUGUUUCAUAUCGCCGUGAUGGUGACGGCUGAAGAGGCGGCCACCAAAGACCUGGAUUUCGACAACGAAGAGCUUGAAAGGGGACAUCGGAAGAGAAAGAAACACGGCCAGGGCGGUGGCUGUGGAUACGGGAGAACUUUCGGCGAAAAGUUCUUCGGGCUAGCUGACUACACAUACGUGUCUGCUCCUGUCAUGAACUAUUUCUUCGGGUGUGGCGUCGCAGCGUUACCGGUGGCAGCGCCUGUGGCACCGAUAGCACCCAUUGCGCCAAUACAACCGUUACCAGUCUACCCCAUCUCCAUCAGUCAGACCCAGAGCCAAACCGGAGGACAUCAUCAUCAUCAUGGGCACGGAAACGGCGGGUUCGGAGGUGGAUUUGGUAACUACGGUUACAACCCCGGAUUUAACCAGGGUUUCAACCAACGCCCUGGUUUCCAGGGUUACCCGCAAGGCUACCCUCCAAAUCGGCCGUUCCAAGGCGCCGUGUCCGCUGCAGCAUCAGGCUUUGGCACGGCCCUAGCAGACUACAUCUCCAGACCAAAAACCCAAAGACAGAUAACCAGACAAGUGAAUCAAUUUUUGAAGCCGUUGUAUAAAUUGUUUUGAUAGUGACUGUGUGCUUGGUUGUGUCCAUGUUAAAGUCGUUACUAGUUUUUAAAAGUGAUUUAACAGUAUUAACUUGCGCACGCACAAUAUAGCGUUACCAAAAAGUUAUUAUUAAGAAUCUUCUCUUCUCUACACACUUCCUGGGUAUUUACCAAUAUGAAAAACUACAAAAUACCUUGAUCAUGUGAAGUCCAAAGCAGAGCACCUACGUAUGUGCCUAUAGAUAUGUAGUUUUGUGUUAGUCUUUUGUGGAUACUCCCAGCUAAUAUUAUAAAUGCGAAAGUAAGUUUGUUUGCUUUUUUUGUUACCUAUCGAUUGAACCAAACUUCUUGAAAUUGAGUAUAUAUAAUUAAGAGACUAGAGAAGAUCAUAGGGUACUUUUCAUCACGGUAAAAGCUUAAGGUCCCGUGGUAUAUGAGAAAAACCUAUAUAUUUUUGAAGGUGGCUCUUAAUCCGCGCGGGCAAAGCAACGGGUAAAAGCUAGUGAAUAAUAUUCUAUUCUAUACAAUAUAUAUGUCGAGCAGUGAAUUCACUAAGGCCCUACAAACCAUGUGU